AUUAAUUUCCUAAAGCCUCCAUCACACUCGCGUGAAGACCAUAUAUAAAUACCGCACUGCGGGGACGUGGUCAAAUUGAUAACGUCCUCAGACGCCCAUGUCAGGUUCUUGCUGCGUUCAAGACGAUUCCACGCACCAGCGACCAUUCUAAAUUAUAAUGACCUAAAGAGAUAUCAAACCCUUGAAGUUUAGACUAUAGUCAUCGCUCCUGUUUCACUCUAACGCGGCAAAAAAGUAUAGUAGAGAUGCAAUAAACAUAUUUAAGUGUUGAUAGUCGGGAUGCGACCGAGGAAGAGCCUGGAUCAGAGGAGCAAUAGUCAUGAGUUUCACUACUAUUUUCUGCAUUGCUUCUUUGGAAUUUGAGAUGUUGAUUAUACCACAGGGUUUCCUCUUCUAGUUAAAGUGUGUUUGCGUUUCGCCAACGUACCAAAGUCCUAUAUGCAUUGUACAUUAUAGUAUAAUCAAAAUACAUGUAGACCGGUACCGUAUUCACAGGGUUCGUUACAAAUGAUAUGCUUUGAGAUGGGUCGCAAAUAUAUACAUCAUUAUGUGCGACCCAUCUCGUAUAUCAUACCAUUUAUUAGGAACCCCUGUUGUUGAUUCAUAAUAAGAUGCAUAUGUACUAAAUUAAGCAGUUUAUAAUUGUGGCUAUAAAGACAAAACAGGUUAGGUUAGACAUAUGUAUUAUUUCACUUAUGUUGCCUUAAACAAAUGAUGUACCGUAUCAAACGCCUAUCUGGUGCUGUGAGUUUUUUUUUAAAGAUAUUGAAUAAUAUUUAUCUUACAUUGGACGUGCGCAUACAUAUUGUGUGUAUAAUCAAGAGGAUUAAAAAUAUAUAUAAACAUUCUAAAUGAUUACCGGUACGAGAUAACCUCUCGGUUACAGGAACCUGAACUAUGCGGUGAUCCGUUUAUAGAUAUCGGGCGGUAGUGUCAGCGCCAAAGCGACAAUAAGGGUUAUCUUGGCGGGUCGACAGAUCGGUAUACCGGACACCAUGUUCGGGACUAUUUUAAUGACGUUGACAUGUUGUGCCAUCUUUGUAGUGUUGUUUCGUAUUCAAUAAAUACCGGCGAAAUCUGCGACUAACGGAUUGGAACCAACGCUAUGUAUUGGUCACGGGCUGCGAUUCAGGUUUCGGACGCCUUCUUGCCACACAGCUUGACAAGGCAGGGGUGCAUGUGUUUGCGGGAUGUCUCAACAAGAAAUCCGAGAUAGGACUGAAACAGAAAUGCUCCAAAAGAUUAAAACCUAUUUCUCUAGAUGUGACGAAUGAAAAGUCGAUUGCAGAAGCAGUAGAGUACAUGACCAAUACCAUUCCUGAAGGUCAAGGUCUCGGAGGAUUGGUAAACAAUGCGGGCAUAUUUCCAAUCUCGGCUCCACUGGAGUGGCUCACCAAGGACGAUUACAAUUUGACGUUUGCCGUCAACCUUCACGGCGUCAUCAGCGUCACCACGGCUUGUCUUCCACUUCUCCGUGAAGGAGCUGGAAGGGUGGUUAACGUAUCAAGUGAUACCGCUUUGUACGCCUGGCCAGGAGGUUGUGCAUACAACAUAACUAAGUGGGGUGUGGAAGCAUUCACGGAUACGUUCAGGCGGGAGUUCUACAACACUGAUAUGUCAGCACAUCUCAUACAACCCGGGUCUUUCCAGACCUCGAUCGUUUUGCCAGAAAUGAUGGCGAAGAAAAUUCGAGACCGUUACGUCAGUCUUCCAAAGAAAAUCAGAAAAUAUUACGGAAGUAAAUUUGUCAAUCAAUGGAGAGAAAAUAUUCUACACCUGCCUAACAUCCAAGACACAGAUUUAUCGAAGGUCACCGAUGCAAUGGUGCACGCGCUGUUCGCUAUGUAUCCGUAUGCGCGGUACCGCGUGGGAUAUGAUUGUCGCUUUAUGUAUUGGCCCCUUUCAUUGGCUCCUUUGUGGUUCUCAGAUUGGCUGUGCAGCCUACCUCGCACAGAUUUGAGGUAGCUGGUGUAAUCAAUUUGUUUUAAAUCCAAUAAAAGGAUACUUUAAUCAUUUAAAAAG